AUGAGGUUCACCGUCGAGACCGCGCUGGGCAUGCUGGCCACGGCCACUGUCGCCGUCGCCGGCAGCUGCAACGCCAACAACUGCGCCCGCGCCGUCACGGGCACGAGGGACAAGAUCCCGUCGCUCGAGACCCGCCGCGUCGACUGCUCGGCCUUUAUGCUGGCCACCCUCACUCCCGCCACCGUAACCACCACGACCACCAUCUCCGUAACCGUAAGCAAGUCCACGACGUCGACCACCACCACAACCACCACUACCACCUCGACCACCACCACCGGCAUCCUCGACCCCCGCCAGGUCACGCAGGUGCCGAGCCUCGUGCCGGCCUACGCGAGCGCCUGCCCCGACGCCGCCGCCUAUAGCUCGGCCUGCUCGUGCUGGGGCGUCACGGGGCGCACCACAACCGCCGGCGCGCCCUCGGCCACGGCCAGCACGACGGCGACCGAGACGACCACCGUCACGGUCGCGGCGACGGCCACGGCCACGGCCGUCCAGGUGGCCAAGGUGUGCGCCCUGCCCGCCGCGCCGUGCGACCUGCCCCGCCCGGACAAGUGCUGCACGCUCACGUGCUGCCGGCUCGUGGGACAGACGCAGGCCCGCUGCACCGACGACCAGGGCAGCUGCUUCUCUUCGGGGCCGUCCAAGCGCUGGGUGUUGCUGCGGAGCGAGCCGGUGGCCGCCGAGGGCGCGAGCUGGUCGCGUAUGAGGCCCGACGGGACGCUGGAGGUGCACAAGGCCGAGUAG